AUGUCUCCUUGUAUUGUGUAUUGUUUCCCUAACCAAGUAAGUACUACAGGGAGGGAGGGGGGACAAAAAGAGAUGAUUCAAAAGGAAAAUAAGAUGAGGAAUUUGGGUGGCGGCCGAGGCAAAAAUUGUUACGACGAUGAUUUGCCGCAUCUGCCAUGGUAUGGCAUCCUCCUUAUCUUUCUAUACCGUCUGCUUCUUAGUGUAAGCAUCCAGACCGCAGAGUCGCCGGACGAAUGGUGGCAGAGCACGGAGAUAGCAUACUAUAUCGUGUUUGGCAAGGGGCAUCUUCCGUGGGAAUGGCAUAUGGGUUUGCGCUCUGUGGUAUUUCCAUUUAUUCUCGCCAUUCCUUUCUUUCUUCUGAAGGCUUUGGGCCUUGACUCAACUUGGGCAAUAUGGUUUGCCGCUCGAUUGAUGCAAGCGUUGGUCAUUACAACCAUAGAUCUUUUUGUUUUUCGUUUGGGUAGAUUGCUGGACGUGGAGUUGGGAAGGACGGCAAAAAAUGCGUUGCGAGGAGCACGCAUGCCAAAACUGUUUUUGGAUACCCCAACGAAGGAUCCUGCUGGAAAGGUAGUAUCGGGCAGAUCUGUUGCAUACUUUGCCUUGUUUCUUUCUUUAAGUAACUGGUAUAUGUCGUUUACUGGCGUUCGUACGUACAGUAACGUGGUAGAGGCAAUGUUGGUGCUUAUGACGAUACAAGAAACAAACUAUAUACGAUUUCUUUUAUUUAGCGGAUUGGCAUGUGCUUUUCGUGUUACCUCUGGCGUUGUUCUUUUUCCUCUUGUAUUUCUUCAUCUUGCCUGGGCCGUGCGGGAACGCGGAGUACGUCGAGGUUUGAUGCGGAUCCUUCUUUGGGGAAUUGUUAUUUUUGUACUGUUGGUUGGCGGAAUUGUGGUUUCAGACAGUUUAUUUUAUGAUCGCUGGGUCGUCACACCAUUGGCUUUUCUUAAAUUCAACGUGUUGCAGAAUGCCAGUCGUUUUUUUGGGGAGCAUCCAUGGUAUUUUUAUUUGUUUCCAUGUCUCCCCGCUCUCCUUGGCCCUCACGUCCUCUUCACUCUCGCCGCGCCGCUCGUGGUGUGGCAAGAGAAGGUAAGUAAGGCGGUGGCUUUACAAAUCUUUGGAUUGUUCUUUUUUAUUUUAUGGCCCGUUGCGUGUUACUCCCUUAUUGGCCACAAGGAGAACCGCUUUAUGACUACUGUGUUGCCAAUUUGUUUUGUGGUGACAGCCUUCGUUUUGGCACGGCGAUACGAUCGGUCACGUGUCAUACGUCGCCUUCAUAAAGCCUUUUUUGUUUUUAACGUAACGGUGUUGAUUCUGGCGGGUUACGUGCAUCGCAGGGGCCCGUUGGAUGUGAUGUUGGAGGUUCGAAAUGGGCCAAAGAUGGAUCGACUUGAUAUUGUUACACGAUGUUAUGCGACGCCUGGUUACAGUUUUUUACAUGGAAAAGUGAACCACCUGGGCCUUAUCGAUUGCCCCGUUUACCUCAACACCGAAACGGGGCUUCCAAAACCCACGGAAGAUAUGAUGUUCCGAAAAUAUCCAAAAGAUUACGUGUUAUGGAAAUACGAUGGGAUACAUACGUUUAACAUCAGUAAUCCGGAUGGAAAACGCAGCGCUGAUGAAUUGAGGCAAAUUGUUUCACCCAUGUCUUCUCCUCAUCCAGACGUGAUGGUGAUGUAUCGUGACACCGCAAACAAAAUAAAGCACCUCUUUUUGGAAAAGCACGGGUACAAAUUAUAUCGGUCGUUUUUCCAUACACCGUUGCUGAUAGAACCGGGUGAAGACAAUUACAUGGAAAUGUGGGUACGAAAUGUUGUUCAGGCCAAUUAA